AUGCAGUCUUCCGAGAGCCCACCUCGACCUACAACACGGGCUGUCACGCAUAGAUCACAGCCAUGGCGCCCAUGUCACUCCCGAUGUCGUCUCUUCUGAAGCACAAGGACUGUCUGCAGAAGGUCAAUAUUUUCUAUAAUGUCCUACAGGGUUUACAGCACCGGACAUUCAGGUCUCGUUUGUGGAAACGGAAUUUCGGUGCGGUUUCCCUUGGAGUCGGUCAACUUCUGUCAAAUCAGCCCAGAGCUAAAAACUACGCAGCAUCUCUGUGUAGCAGCUCUGCAGACGGCCAGGAUAUGACAGAGAGGCUGUGGUCUGUUUACAAUGAGACCAAAAGGCAGACUGAAGAAAUGAUCCCGAUCAUGUCCACAAACUCAGUCAACCCCGACACCAUCUUUGCCAACAACGAGAUGAGCCUCCGAGACAUAGAGAUCUAUGGCUUCGACUAUGAUUACACCCUGGCCUUUUACUCCAGCCACCUCCACACCCUCAUCUUCAACAUAGCACGGGACAUCCUAAUCACUAAACACAGGUAUCCAGAGGAUCUGCGAAAGUAUGAGUAUAUUCCUAACUUUGCUGUAAGAGGACUUCACUAUGAUGUUCAGAAGGCACUGCUGAUGAAGAUUGAUGCUUUUCAUUACAUCCAGCUGGGAACUGUAUACAGGGGUCUUCAUCCAGUUACAGAUGAGGAAGUCAUCGCCAUGUAUGAAGGAUGUCACAUACCUCUAGAGAUCAUGAGUGAUUUCUAUGGCAAGAGUUCUCAUGGCCACACCAUGAAACAGUUCAUGGACAUAUUCUCCCUGCCAGAGAUGAACCUCCUGUCCUGCGUCAAUGACUUCUUCAUGAGGCACAACAUCGACUAUGAGCCAGUCCAUCUCUACAAAGACGUAAAGGAAGCCAUUAGAGAUGUUCACGUCAAGGGCAUUAUGUACCGAGCCGUGGAGGCAGAUAUUGGGAAAUAUAUUUGCUAUGGUGAGCAAAGCCACGCUGUGCUGAAAAAGCUGUCAGAGCAUGGAAAGAAGAUGUUCCUCAUUACCAAUAGCCCCUUUGACUUUGUGGACCGGGGAAUGAACUACAUUGUGGGGAAGGACUGGAGGGACCUCUUUGAUGUUGUUAUUGUUCAGGCAGACAAGCCUGGUUUCUUCAACGACAGGAGGAAACCUUUCAGGCGAGUGACAGACAAAGGUGCGUUGCUGUGGGACAGGAUUCACAAAUUGGAAAAAGGACAAAUCUACAAACAGGGAAACCUUUAUGAGUUCCUGAGACUCACCGGCUGGAGAGGAUCCAAAGUGCUCUACUUUGGCGAUCACAUCUACAGUGACUUGGCGGAUUUGACGCUGAGGCAUGGCUGGAGGACAGGGGCCAUCAUCCCUGAGCUGAGAAAGGAGAUCAAGAUCAUGAACACGGAAGAAUAUGUUCACAUGAUGGCCUGGUUACAGGCACUGACUGGACUCAUUGAGCAGAUGCAGGUACACAGGGAUCCAGAAUCUGAAGCUGUCGUUGAAGAGUGGAUCAGAGAAAGAGACGCCAUGAGGCCACAGACAAAGGACAUCUUCAACGCUCAGUUCGGGAGUCUCUUCCGGACGUACCAGAACCCCACUUACUUCUCCCGCCGACUCUCGCGCUUUGCUGAUAUCUACAUGGCCUCCAUUAGCUGCCUGCUCAACUAUGACUUCCAGCACACCUUCUUCCCUCGCCGCACUCCUCUGCAGCACGAGUCCCCUUUCUCGCCUGAGAACACUCCUCACGGCCUGAGCGUCUCCUCACAGCUCCACAGGACCAAAGCAGAGUCCGAUUAGAGUGAUGGAAGAAUUGAAUGAUCUCUGUUGUUGCU